GGUUCCAGAUAGGGAGAGUGGGGGUUAGUUAGGAUGGAAUCGCAAAUAUUCGGUGACGGUGGUGCGCGACCAGGGUGAGAAAAAAAGCAUUGUCGCAAGAAAGUGAAUUUGGAUGAGCCUAGUGAGACACGUGGGUCAUGUGUCAAUUGGACGAGAUCGAACACGACCUCGUACAGCGUCGUGGUGCUAUUAUUUGCGGCGUUCCUCGCAAUUACGCAACGACCAGUGACCACGAUAAUGAACACUACGCAUGAGGAUCCUUAGUGGCUAUGUUCCAUCGAUAUUUUGUUGACCAAUUGAGAUCGUGAACGAACAGUGUCCAUCGAUUUUGCAGUGACGGAAGCCGAAUGUUCGUUUGGAACCGAGCUCCCUGAAAACGGGAACCGUGGAACUCUAGUUUUGACAACGAUGGUCCUUUGUGUUGUUCAAGGUUACCAGCAUGAGCUUUUGGUCCCGCAGACGAUUUCGUAUUACUCCGCUACGAGCGUUGGCGGCGUUCUUCCUCAUGGUCAUGCUGUUCUGGUACAGUCUCAGUCGGCAAGAAACUCCCAGGCAACCAUGCAGCGUCCCCGAGGAAUUCACGGAGAAACUACACGAGCUUGCCUACAGGGCUCACUUGGUGUUGGCCAAACUGGGCAUCGUGCACUUUCUAUGCCUCGGAGGACUCUGGGGUCAAGUUCGAAUCGGUCGUGCCCUACCCUGGGCACGUAAAGUCGAACUCUGCUUGGUUGACACGUUAAGGGACGACGUUUUGAUCACGAAAGCCUUCCGAGAAGUUGGACUUAGCGCGACGUAUUUACACGCUGCCGGUGUGUAUCGUAUUCAGGAACACGAGGUUGGCGAAGACGCCCCCAAGGUGGAGGUCGUCGUCUUUGAAGAGGACGCAGUGACACGAAUGGUUAGAAGAGUGGGUUGGACAAGAAGGGUGCUUCCUCCUGACUGCGAGUUUUCCCCCAGCCUUCAAUGUUUUCCACCGCAACUCGUUAUACCUCCCUUGCCAGCGAAACAGUUCGGCGGUCGACUAAUGCCUGUCCCGAGGGAGGGCAUCGAAUUGCAAAAAUAUCACUAUCCUAACGAUUGGUGGCUCGAGGUGAAACCCACCGACUGUACCGAGCCCCAAGGAACGAACGCGUAGUAUACUACUCAAUUUUAUUGCAACCAUGUUUCACGAUGGAAAGUUUAUCCUAGAAGUUGUCUUUUAGGGUCGUCGUAAAAGAAACGGUGUUCCUGCUUACCACACACGAUCGUGUUCCAAAGUUGCUUCAUUUUUAACCCUUUCGCUGUAUGCAACGAUAUAUAAUAUUAUGUAUUGAAAUACUUGGAUAGAAUUUGUGAUAAAUAGUUUAAAAUUAUAUUCUAUUCAAAAAAUUGACGAUAGUAUAUUAAGUCUAUAAGACUGUUUUUGCAUUUUUUAACCUUUAUAGUACAAAACGGGGUAAAUGAUCAUUUUUUAAAUUGAAAUAAAAAUGAUUAGUGCAAAAUUUUAAAUCUUCUUUAAAUUAUAGAUUGCUGAAUUAAUUACCGAGCGAAUAAAUAAUUUAGAAAAUAUAUUUGGAUAUGUACAUCUGCUUGCAGUACUCUAAGGGUUAAUAAAAUUAAAUAACGCUUAUGUAAAAAAUUUGUAAAAUCGAAAGUAUGUUUAUGCUAUUAUAUAGUAAAGGUAUAUGUAGUCAACAAUUUUCCUUGAAAGUAUCAAAGUAUAUUAUAAAUAUAUUAUUUAUUGAACUUUAGUAACCAAGCAUACGUCAUAGCGGAAGGGUUAAUAUAGGUGGAUUCGUUUUAUAAUAGAGUUUUUAGAUAUAGACAAUUUUCAAAUAAAAAUUGAAGAACGACAUCUACUGGAUAAAUUAAUAAUUUCUAACGUGUAUUUAAGAGGCUACACAACUUUAUAGAAUUGUACUUAGUUUAUUCGCAUUUUCCUGUUAAAUAAGUUGUUAAGUUUAUGCGUGUAUUUAGGACAUUGUACAACUUUUCAGAAUUCUAAUUAGAAUUGAUAGAGCAUUUUCUUAAUUUUAUGUUUCUAAUUUAAGAAUUGUGAAUAUGACAGCUUCCAUUUUUAGAGGGUCCUGAAUGUUUCCGUUCUUCCAGCUUUUAGUGGUCAAAAAAUUUCCAUGACACUUUAGAUAUUUUAAAUGAAUAAAAGUUGCUAGUAGAAAAUUAAAAUUAUUUCAGUGAAAAAUUGAAAAAAAAGGAAAUGAAAUGGUAAAUCUAAUGCAUGAACAUUAGGAAAAUGAAAUUUUCAAAUGUACAUUAAAACGAAUGAAAGUUAAACGAUUAAAAAAUCAGGAACAAUGUUCCUCUCGACCAUUAUGUUUAGUAAAGAGUACUUUUUAGAGACAAGUCUGAUUGUGAACCCUUUGCACUUUGUUUACACGUUGAUCAUCGAAAGUCGAAUAAUUAAAAAAUGAAAAAGAGGAAGAAUAAUUUGAAUUGGAGUUAAUAAUUUGUUAAGAAUGUUAAGUGACAAACUAGAAACUUCUAUUGAAAAAUUAACCCUUUCGGGACGACUGCGACGUCUCGAAGUACUGGACAAUCUGUUGUCUGACUCUUUCAACCCUUUGGUGGCGAACUUUUAAUAUUCAUGUUGCUCUCAACUUUUAUAACUUUUCACAAUUAGUAGAAUAAUAAUCGGAGGUCUAAGUUUUUUGACAUAAAAAUAAAUUGAGAUAUGGCAUAUAAAUGAACCAACAAUCUUUUCUGAUAGAAUAAUUUGAGAUUACGUGGUAUAUAUUUAUACUAUUUUACGUGUGAAAAGGAAAAUAUCAGUCUUUGAGAGAUCAGUGUAUGUAUUAAGAGGAUUCAAAGGGUUAAGUAGUAUAGUCUUUCAUGGUUAGACCAUCUUUUUAUGUCAAGUGCAAAUUAUCUAAUAGAUAUAACUUCUGAUAUAAAAUUAUUAAUUCAAAUAUUUAUUUCAAAAUAUUUUUCACUAAAUUUAACUAUAUAUGCGUCUGUAAUAACGAAAGGGUUAAGUAAUUAUAUGAUAUCUGCAGUAAACGAUAUAAUCUGAUAAUGUGUCUUAUUAUAUAUAUACGGUAAUUUUCACUGUGAUAGUUGACACUUUGUCUACGAUCUCACUUGUACGUGAAUGUCCUUUGAAUUUCUAUAAGGAUACAUUAUACAUAUUAUGAGAAAUUACCUUCCUUGUCCAAGAAGGUAAUUAGAAAUACUCAUAUUAAAUACUUGGGAUGAUAAAUGAUAUAAAUAACUAAAGAUUCAUUUCUAAGUUUUUGUUUUAAAUAUAAGCACUAUCUCAUAAGGUGAUUAAUGAUUUCAAUAUAGUAAUCAAAACGUUAACAUGUUACAUUUAUUUAUUAAUUCAUCACGUGAUUAUAUUAACAACUUACUAAAUAAAUCCACUAAUAGCUUUUAAUUUUAAUAAUUUAUUUUGAUUAUUAAUGAGUUGUAAAGUAAUAGCAGGUAUGUGUUUAUUUUAUUUGUAAAUAGAAGAUAGUAUGUUGAUUUAAUGUUUAUCGUAAUUUAACCAGUAGAUACUCAAGAACUAAUUUUGCUGAGUCUACUUUUAAUUAAUGAUAUUCUAUAUUAUUCGUUAAAGAACAUCUGUCGAAAAAUUGUUAAUCUUUAGUACGUCAAAUACCACGAGGGGUGUUUAAGAAGAAUUAAAAAGUACCAUCAAUAUUAUCAUAUAAUUAUAAUUAUUACGUGAAGUGUAAUAUACAUAUAUAAGUCUGUUUCCACUGUGAAAUUUAACGUGUUAAUUAUUCUCACUCAAUUUCCCGAGGUUACAGCUUGAUAACGUAUCGUCGGGAAAAUAUCAGUUGUUAAUAUUCGAGUUCACCGCGACUACCACGUAAGAACACGAUAUAUCUGGCGCAUGAUUUGUCAUCGUUAUAUUUGACGCAUCCUGCGUUACGUAUGCGACACGUUAUCACAUUUGUCUUACUGUAAGAUAAGGGGUUGGAACAUCGUAUCGAAAGUGCAAAGGGUUGAAUUUGCCAUAAAUCAUACGCAGAGCCGCAAUAAGAUGAUGAAACUGUAGCAUGAGCUAUCAUUUUUAUUAGUAAUUUUGAUUAAUAAAUUUUUUGCAGUUUUUCAACUUCACAUAGACAAAUUUUUUAAUUUAAUUUCUCUUAACUUUCUCCUUCUUCCUUUCAUUAUUUAUCGUCAAUUUUACUGCGGUUCUGUAUAUAGCCAUUGUAAAUGAUAAUUGUACGAAUUACUUAUCAUAAUUAAUCCUUACUAUGUACUUCCUUCGAAGCGUCGAAAGAUAAAAAAUAGACCGAUUGAUAUGCUUUCUUCAAAGCUUUGAUAAAUACAAUUAUUUAUACGUGUUUAUACUGACAGCUUUUUAUAUACGACACCGUGACAAACAAUUGUUUCAUAAUUUUUCCACGUUUCUACCAGUGAAAUCUCUCUCAAACUGAUAUUAAUCCUUUCGCUAGGGCUGUUUAUGUAUUAAACGUAAAUAAACUAAUUUUGUUGAUGAAAAUUA